UGAUAAACUUCAUAAACAGAUUUAUGAAAUUGAAAAAUGCAUUCAACACAAUGUUUUAAAUCACUUCUCAAGUGAUAUGACUAGAAAUGACUUAUAUUUAACACCACAAGCGAUGCCUAUUUUGAGGCCAAUCACCGACUAUCGAAACAAUUUGACUGAAUUAGAGGGCAAUCGCAUGACUGAACUGAUGAGUGCCGCAAAUGUGUUGACACUAACUUUCGGCAAAAUCACGUCACAAGUGGACACAUAUAUGGACGCAAUGACUGCCAUCACCAGAAGCACUGAAGAUUUGGUGCAAAGACUGGUCAUAAUGUGUAAGACAUUGACCGCAUUCAACACCAUUUGCCCCAACGAUCAGAUCGCGCUAUUAAAAUACGGGUCCAUUGAGUUGUGUUCAAUGAGACAACUCACGGGCUAUGAUCCCAACACACAAUACCUGGCUGUCCAUGCAGACAAAGAGACCUCAACUCUUGUAAAGUUUGAAGGCAUCAAAAGUGAGAGAAAGUAUUUGUAUGAGGCCUACAGACAGUACUAUAAGUGCAUUCAUAGUGAAUGGGAUUCCGAUGUCAUUAUCCUAAACUUAUUGACAUCAAUCACACUGUUCAACCCGAACCGACCAAACCUUUUGCAUAGGAAAGCAAUUAAACAAAACUAUUACGAGACGGACGUUGAGCUCAGGAAAUGCUGUACACAACUCGUCAAAGAGAUUAUGUCCGAAGAAAUUGAUGAUUAUUUCCCAUUUUUCUGCCAUUUCGACAGCAAAUGUAGUGUAAACCUAAAGACCAGAAAGUUUUGCCGUUUCUGUCGAUUACAGAAAUGCUUUGAUAUCGGAAUGAGAAAAGGAUGUCUACUGACAGACAAAGAGAAAGAUUUGAGACGAAAACGAUUACAAAUGAAAAGAGAAAAACUCAAAGAAACCAAAGAAAGCGAAACUAUCAUCGAUUCGACCAAUACUGUCAUUAAAAGAGCCGCUGAUAUAGCAUUUGAAAGCACCAGUAGUUCAUCGGAAUCGUCACAAAACAACGACAUAACGGUCGAGGAAGGGGUCAUUUGCUUAAAUCACAGCGAGUUUGAGGAUAUAAUGACAGACCAUAUCUUGGAAAAGACAUCAACUUUCAUGCUAUCAGUGGUUCCCGUCGACCGGCCCCUCGAUGGCAACCAAACGUUCAAUGAAUUAGAGGCCAAUAAAUUGAGUGAAUUAUUGAUGGCAUCGGCGGUACUGAAGAGACCCGACUCUGUCAUCAGUUCGGAAGCGAAAGCCCUUCUGGAGGCGUGUCGAGUGUUUUCCGUGAAGCUCGAGGAAGAGAUCCAACGAGUGGUGAAAUUAUCGCAAAAUCUGAGCGGUUUUAACACCAUUUGCGAAGAGGACAGGAUAUCGCUCUUGAAAUACGGUUCACCGGAAAUCAUAUUCUUGCGACUCAUUAAUGAUGUCAAUUAUGACGACAAACACGUUGUCAUUAAAACUGAUAACAACUUUUCCACAAUUAUCAAGUUGGAUUUGUUUGAACCGACAAAUAGUUCAUUUUACGCGGCCCUCAAGACUUAUAUGCAAAGAGUUUUCAAUGAAUACGACUACGACCCCAUCAUCGAGGACUUGUUAACGGUAAUCAUGCUAUAUAAUCCAAACCGAAAUAAGCUAACCCAUAGAAAUAUAAUUAAAUGUCAACAAAGCUCGUACAUAUAUCUACUGAAACGUUACCUGCAAACCAAAUAUCAAUGCGAGUGGAAAAUUAAAGAGACAUUUAUGAAGCUCAUGAAUGUCAUGAUAGAGUUGCAAGUUUUAAGUCGAGUAUAUCAACAACACGUCCACACGAGAGUUCCCGCGAGUUUUACACCACUUCUUAAGGAGAUCUAUGACGUGCCACCAAAUGCUCAAGUUUGCCCCUGGGACAUCUAAGACUAAUUAUUUACUCAUUUAAAUCAGUGAUUAUCAAAUGUAUUGUGG